AUGCAAGCAUACAAGCUCUUUGAUUUUGUCGGUUGUCACGGGAAGUUUGGCAUUAUUCACCCUUUCAAGACUUGUCUGUUCCUAUACAGGGGUUUGGGGGUUGUUAUUCGGGAUGGUAUGGGUGAUUUAUUGUUGGCUGCCUCUAAAGGUCUUCAUGGCAUGUUCUUUCCUAAAGCAACUGAAAUUUAUGUUGCAAUCUUGGGCUUGAAGAUUGCAAGUCAAAUGGAGCAUCACUAUGUUAUUUUGGAAAUGGAUGCAAAAGAGGAGUGUAAUCAAGUUGCUCAUCUACUAGCUAAGCAGGCGCUUCUAUCUCAGGAAUUUCAAUUUUGGCUAGAGGGUGGUCCUUUGUGGCUUUCUGAUGUUUUGGUUAAUGACAAGUUAUUUUCUUAA